AUGGCACCGGACGCUGCUGGAGCAAGCACUCUUGGGACUGAUUCGUUGUUGCCUGACCAGAAGCUGGAUGCCAUCCUGAACCAGUGGAGAGAAAAGUAUGCUGCUUUCCAGCGGGCGACGCAAACCGUCGGGGGCCAGGUGAUCAUCAACGACUGGUUCCAGCGUCAGAUGUUCCGAGGCAUCAUCGUUCGAUGCACUUCGGCCGUGGGCUCCGAGCAGCUUCCACAGCGCCUCGAAACUGGUGCAGUUGUCCAGGAGCUUUCCAUGCAGGGCGAGCGAUUGCACUACGAGCUCAUCUCCGGAGUGGGGCCGCCACAGGGCUGGGUGAGCACCAGCUUGCAGGGCAGAGCUCUCCUGGAACGGGCAGAUGAGAAGGCGGACGAGGUGGAGGCUCUUCCGGAUGAGAGCGCUUUGCCAGCCCUGUCUGCGAGCAAGUGGCUGGCAAAGUACGAGCACGGGAAGGAAGCCAAAUGCAGGCUCGUGUGCUUCUUUGGUGCCGGGCACGACGCGAUUGGAUUUGCGCACUGGAAUCAGUACGUGGCGGAGAAGCAUCCUUCAAUCGAGCUGCUGCUGAUUACUUUGCCGGGCCAUGGCGUGAAUCGUCAUGUGCCGGUGCAAGAGAAUGCAGAGGCACUAGCGAAGCUGGCCGCUGAAGAACUGCUGAGCCUCAGCGAGCACUUUGGCCCCUUCGCACUGUUGGGCUUCUCCGUGGGUGCUACAGCCAGCAAGGCUGGGCCAAAGGUCUGCUUCCGGCCUCCGGCACAGGAGGAGAUUUGGGCCUUAGAUUCGAUCGGCUGGAUACGCUGGUUCGUUGCCAACUUUGCGACCGAAGAUGAUGUCAAACGAACAGAACGACUGAUUCAGUUGUCUGACGGGCCCAACGAUGGUCUGUUAAAAUCCAUUUCGUCGUCGCAGAAGGCGGACAUGCUUCUUGGAGACAGUUUGGCAGGUACAAAGCUCCCAGCCAUUGAAACGGAUCUCUACGUGCUAGCAUCAAAGGCUGAUGAAGUGUGGCCAGCGGAAGAUAGUGCAAAGUACGAGCUGUUUGUAGUUGCAUGGCUCGCACGGUUGAGGUUUGGCAACCGUUGUUGCCCGGCGUACAUGGACUGCGCUGACACUUGGAAGCCGUAUGCUCUCGGAUCAACGGCUCUCAAGUAUUUCGACGAGUUGACUCACAGCGAGCUGUGCACUGAACUCCUGCUAGAAGAAGUUUGUCGCGACUUGUCAGCCGUGAUGCAGGAUGCGAGCGACGGGCGAAAAGACAAUGCUUGUUUGAGCAGAGCGUGGAAAUGGUUGGAGAAUGAUGCAUGUACCGAUGGAACUUGGGCUGCGGUUGCAUCGUCUGCACAGAAGCACCAGGCUUUGCAUGUCCUGAGCACCGAUGCGACCAUGACCAAUUCAAAGCCAGCGCGCGUUGGAGCCAGCCGUGAAGCAUCAGAGAGCGAUGACGAGGCUUUUCUGCGGAAGAUCAAGCAGGAAGUAGGUCUGGAUGUUGGUCCAAUUUGGGACUCCCUGCCAACUCCAGGAGGAGGCAGCGAAGGUGGCAGCCCAAUCGCGGCAGAGGCCGACCUGUACCCGCUACCGGUUGCUCUUGAAGAGGAUUUUCGGCAUCUCCGAGCAGCUCUUGCGGCAGAUGCUGAGCCACAAGUCUGGCAGGAAGGUGCUGAAGCUGAAACUCACGACGGAGAUGAUGACGCGAACACUUCUGGUCCUCACGAAGCUGCCGCAGCCGACGAGAGGGACAAGAAUGCAGCUCAGGACGAAGCGGCAUGGAUUCAGCCAGACCACCAAACCGCUGACGCAGAAACAGGUGGCGGGACCGCUGAGUUGGAACCAAAAGACCAGAUGCUUGCUCGGCUCCUGGCCUUGGAAGCUGAAGUGUCACGACUGCGCGAAGGAGCGGCACCCACAGCAAGUGCGAGUCCGUUGUCUCCAGAGCCAAGCGCUGAAAGCCCGAGACGACCAGAAGAGAGAGGAGGUGGCGUGACGGAACGCGGAGAGGCAUUGCUGAACUCCUUGGCCAUGAGCUUGUUGUCAUCGGGCAGUUCAUUGUUUGCCUCAAUGUCUGAUGGCCCGACUUCUCCGGUUUGGCGCCAGGGCACUGGCGCAGCUCUGUCCCAGCAGGUGGAAGCAGAGCCGGUUCGCGAUGCCAUCGAGAACAGGCCGCAGCCAAAAGAGGAAAGGUUCGAGGAGGAAGCGGAUGGUCUCGUUCAACAGUCUCGGACCUUGGAAACCGCGGUGCAGGUUCCAGAGUUCUCAGCAGUUGCUGCAGCAGUGCAGACCGAAGCAGAAGACACCGCUGAAGACACCGCAAUCGCCAAAAGUGAAGAGCAGCCGAGCACGCUUGCGGAGCCAAUGCUGCCCUCGAAUCGACAAGGUGCAGAUGAGGAGGGGGCAUCUGCCCAAGCGGGCUUGCCGCUGGAGUAUUCGACGGAGGACCCUCGCCAACCCACUGAAGCCAAGCCUGGAGCUGCCUUGCAAGGUCUACCAGCCAGUGUCAAUCCAGAGGCAGGAUCCGGACCUUUACCCUCGAGAACUUUGCCGGCGGACUCAGCAACGCGCCAAGCGGCGGCGUCGUCAGCUGUCCCUGCUGCGCGUUCACGGUUUGAAUUGGUUGCACAGCUGCCAGCAGACUGGCCUGCAGGUUCUUCGCACCCUUCAGAACUUCCGAUGCUGCCCCCGCAUCUACCGAAGUUGCUGCAAACAAGCCCGCAGCGAGAUGCUACGCAUGUCCAAGCCCAAAGCGGGUGGAGGCUCUUCACAUGUGCCGGCAACGCCUUAUCCGCCCUCGGUCGGGCCCGUCAAGGUGGGACGUGCCACUGGAUGUUCAUGUCAAGUGGCACUGGCAAGCCUAGAGGAGAACAACUGUUUUCGGGGUUCGUUGCGUCCAGCAAUUGA